CAACAGUGCUUUCAAGUGAUACUUCAAAAGGUGCUUUUACUUCAUCCUCAUCUGUCUUCAGUACUCAGAAGCCAAUAUCAGUGUCAUCUGGUACGGAAAAAUCUGUCACCACAAGCGAGUUCGAUGAAUAUUCAUUAACACCAGAGGAAAGUUCUUUUUUGACAUCAACAGAAGAUGGCUCAGGAGAUCAGACACCUGAAAUGAUCAGAAAUCUCACUGCACUUCCCACAGCUUCCUCAAAGUUCACCACGGAGAAGUCAACAGCAACUCCAGCUGACGUUUACUCCAGUGCUCUCUCAGAUCAGACAGAAAAGACUUCUGUUUCUCCUUUGACUGAUAAAACAAUGACCUAUUCGGACACAACUCCAAUGGAUGUAGAACUUUCAAGUGAUGACACCACAGAUAUAUUGAAUGCAACCUCUUUUUUCAGUGACGCAUCUCCAUCUUUAUCCAGCACUGUGGAAUCAAUACCGCUAUCACUUGCAGUAACACAACAUGUUGAUACAGAUGAGACUAAAGUACCAUCCCUUACCAGUGUUGCAGAUCGUGAGGUUGAAAGUGAAAGCAGUCAACCUACCGUAAUGGAGUCGUUUGCUUCUGUCAGUCCGUCAACAAUGAAGUCAGAAACUACAUCCUUCCUGAGUGCCAUAGAUGCAGAUUUUUCUGGAGACAGCACUACUGUUUUCCCUGAAGUCUCAAGCAUCAAAACAACAACAGUGCUUUCAAGUGAUACUUCAAAAACUAAACUAGAUCUUGACAGUCCUCGAGAAAGCACUCCUACUUUUAUCGAUGUCAUGGAUGGUUCACCCACCUCACCAAGUACUGUUGUUAAGAGUUUUGAUAGUAUUCACACUCCAAAAAUAGCUUCAACCUCGUCUUCAUCCCUUCACAGCACUGACCAUACAGCUGCAAUGUCAUCUGGAACAGAUAAAUACUAUACCACUAUUGCAAGAGUUGAAACUAACUCCCGUACUGAGGAGUGGAGCUCACAUGAUGAGAUAACUCAUAUUCCAUCCUUUGUCAAUGGAGUUCCUCCAUCUUUUUCAUCGCUCAGCACAAUGGCACCAACAGCAAGUCCAGUCACAGAACUUGAGAUUCCAUUAAUUAGUCACCCAGAGAAAACCUCGCUUUCCCCCUUUACUGACAACACAGUCUUAUCUCCUGAACCCUUUACAUUAACUGACCAAACUGUAGAUAUGUUUACCUUAUCUUCUUCCCCACAUACAACUUCAACUGAAACAACAGAGAUGGUAACAACAAGAAACACUGUUGCUUUUGACUUCAUGACUAGGACAUCAACAUCAGCACCAUCAACUACUUUCAGUGACUCUCAAAGAACACACACAUCCUUUACAGCAACAGUUGAAAGCCUGAAAACUUUGACUCACAGUACAAUGAUUUCACCUCAUGAGUUCACGACAGGGGAGUCUACAGAUGCUCCUCUGUUUUCUGCCACUACUCAGUCUGAGUCAGAAGCAGGUCCUUUACCCGACCCAGACUUCUCAGGAGAUUACACAUCAACAUACACAGAUGAAACAGCACCUGAACAAUCCUCUGUGGAAUCAGCAACCCUAGCAGUAACAACAUUUAGUCCAUCAAACACACCUGUAUUCACCGGGGAAGAGCGUUCAAGUGAUGGAGAAUUUACAACUGUUACAUCUAGUCCCUAUACACUCAAAACUUUUCGGCCAAUGGCAAUACCCAGUAUCACCCCAAUGAUGACCUCUACCUACAAUGACAUGGACAACUCUGGCAGCUUCCCUCAAGACUUUGAUUUGGAAUCAAGUCAAGAUGGAUCUGGUGAAAAGAUAUUAAUUGAAACUACUACAAAACCACACAAGGAAUUUACGGUGCAAACAGAUGAGACAGAAACAGAUGAGACUCAGAGCACAUCUGACAUGGUAAGUGUUGCAUUUUCACCUCAGUCUAGUACACAGGUUACCAAACAAUUUAUGUCACCAACUCAAUCUCCAAGCAUGAUGAGCCCUGAGAUUUACACUUCUGAUCAGGGCAGUGGGGUCACCGAUCAAGAUGAGUGGUCAGGUGAUGACUCAAGUGGGUCAUCCUCCACAAGAGUACCUGAAAGGGAGGGUUCUGGAGUUUCGGAUAGUACCAUUUCCUCAGCGGUUACAAGUUCAGUGUUUCCCAAAGAUAGUGGCCCAGGUGGCCAUACCACUGAUGUGCUUUUUACAGUAAAAGACACAGGAUUAUCAGUUCUAACCACAACCAAACCAACAAUAACAGGAGCAACCCAUGAAAGUACAUCUGUUACUAGCACAAAGAGUACAGGCCAUUCCAUUUUCAGCACAGAGAAACCAACAAGCACAGCAAGAAGACUUAAUGAAAGUGGAACAGCUGAUGUUCCAAAAUCUACUGCAGCUGCAGCUUCUGUCUACAGCACAGAGAAGCCAUACACAACAACAGAAUACGCAAUCACAAGUGAAAAAUCAACACCAAAACCAGAUUUUACUUUGACAGAGGUGGAGAGUUCUGGCAACCAAACCACUGUGAAGUUCACCCUAAAGCCUUCAGUGAUGGAGACUGCCACAUUUUCAGAAACAGCAGGUGAAACCAAAGGUUUUGCGACAGUAACACCAACUUCUGAUAAGAGGGUUUUCUCACAGGAGAGUAAAAUUACUCCAGCAACAGAUCAUCCCCUUUCAAGCACUGAGAAAGAUGAGGUUGCUGUGGCUGAGCACACAACACAAUCCCCCUCUACAGCCCUGCCCUCCCAUACAACUGAUGCCCCACUAUAUAAUCACACCGUUGUUGACUUCAGCACAGAAAGCUUGAGCAGUGAGCAUAAACAAGAUGAAUUUACAUCAAUAUCUGCCCCAGUUCCCACUGUUAUAUAUCACAGUGUUACAGAUCAACAAGUUGAGAUUAUUACUCCCGACAGGAGCCAAGCCAAGACUCGACUAACUGAACAGACACCCACCAUAGUCCUGCAUGCAUCCAAACCAUCAACCAGCACAUCUAUCAUAUUCAUCGAGGAUACAGAACAGGAAGAUAAACUGUUCUCUGGAGUUACAGAUAGUAUGAGAGAAGACAGCUACAGUACAGAGCUUAUUACCAAAGAUGAUACAAUCACUGAUGCAGAUACGAUGUCUGUGGUUCCCUCAUCUUCAUUUUAUCCAACUAUUCAUACAGAGGAAGCUGGGGGUGUCACAGCAAUUACAAUAACUCAAAAGCUGGAAGUUACAGAAGAACCAGAGGGUUCAGGGACUGUUGAUGACAAAUUUUUGAGUCCUACACCAACUUCACCCAGUGAUACAUCAUCAGCCUCAACAUCUUCUGAAUACUUGUUCACUUCAGAAUUGUCACCUGUGAAAGACAUUUCUUCGGUAGAGACAUCAAGUGAAGUAAAUGUCACAAGGUCGCCACAGGCGCCACAGUUAAGCUCUGGAGAAAUCUAUGAUGUUACAACUACACACACAGGUUUCUCAUUUGAGACUACCAAACCAAUUUCUGAUCAAUUGGAAGGAGACACUACUGAGAUUUCCACUUCCUCAUCUUUUUCUUCUCAAAUCUUAAUAGAAACAGCAGACUCUACCUCUGUCACUUUAGUGACUAGUGAAGAUUAUGUGGUCACCACAGUUAAAAAAGAAAAAUACAUGACAGCAUCACCCGUAAUUCUAACAGCUACAAGUCACGACAUAACUGAUAAAACCUUAAGUUCGUCUGUUUUCGCACAAACCACUAAACCUUCAGUCACUGUCACACCAGUCUCCACUGAACCUGGAACAAUGAAAUCCACCAGUAAAACAUCUGAUGACGACUCUUCAGGUGACUCUGAUGACUCUGCACGAGAAAGCUCAGAGAAACCUUCAGUAUCAUCUUUGGAAAGUUGGAUGACUGAAAAAACAUCUACACCCUCUUCACUGUUUAGUACUGAGCAAGCCAGGUCUGAGAUCAUGCCUACUCCCGACACUGGCAUCUCUUCUGAGAAAAAUGUGCCAGCCACAAUGAGCCCAGUGUUUUCUAGUGAGAAGUUAAGCACUGCUAUGGUUGUAACUGCCCAGACUGUAGUAACAGUCACAACACUGAAAGGGGAAAUUUCAAGUAGUUCAGACAGUGACAUCCAGAAAACAUCUCCUCAUGCUAUUAUAACUUCAUCUCAUAUGGGGACAGGAGCGGACCCUGUUGGAGUAGAAUCUACAACUCCAAAACCUCCAAGCGAAGAAGAAGAAGAAACUAUAGCUACUGACACAAGAUCUCCUGCUGUGCCAAGUGCUGUAGACACAUCACUAGAGAUCUCAGGUGAAGCAACUUAUUCAUUUUCAUUUGAAACAAAAAGGACUCCAUCCACAGGUGUGUCCUCAGUUUCUACCACUGAGACUGAAGGGUUGGUUUUCACUUCAGAAAUUACUGACCAGUCACCCAAAAUGAUAACAGAACCUGCCCUUACCAUUCUUCCGUCUACCACUGAGAAGCCAGCUGUAGUGUCGACUGAGAGAGACACCUCAACUGAUGAAGACAGUUCAAGUUAUGCCAAGACGCCAGUGAAGAGUGAAGAGAGUUUUAUAUCAACAGAAGCAAGUAUUAUUAUUUCUACAGCAGCUAAAGGUUCAAGUGAAAUGGGAUUGAGCACCUUUGGGUCUGACUCUGUCACUCCUAGUUUGUCGACUGUUAAGAAGAAUAUGAUUACUAGCACUUUAUCCACUCAGCCAGCAAGCUCCCAAACAGAUGAGUCAGAAUCAUUUGAACAAACCUCAGGUCAGACAUCAAAUGAGGUCUUCAGCACUGCAGCCCAUGCAACACAGCCCCCUGCUGUGACCAGAUCUAUUGAGUCAUUGAAUACGUCAACUUCUUUUGAGUCAGAACCAAAGGAGUCACAAAAUGCAGCUAUAACAAGCACAGAUGAACCCACUGUUGUCACAGACAACAGACCUGCAGACAUCUCAGCUAUCUCAGAGACAAAAGUAAUGAUCACCACAAUACCCACUUCAAAUGUCCCCUCAACACCAUCACAGCCAGAUGUUGUCGUUCAGUUAGACUCAACUCUUUCUCCUCUACAACCACUGACAACUCCCAUGGAAUUAUUUGAACAAGUUAAGUCAGAAAUUACACUUACACACCGCCCCCAUCCUGAUCUUUCUCAUGAUAUAUCACUGACCACAACUCGCCCUGUAUUUGCUAAUCAUGACACAAGCCAGACUGCAGAAUCAACAGUUGCGCCUGCUUUUGUUUCUGAAGACGGCCGUGUUUCGAUAGCAGAUGGGACAGUUGAACCAGCUGUUGAUCAGGUCUCAAGUGAUGCAACGACUCAACGAUCUUCAGACCUAUUUUAUGAUGCGUUAACUGAUCCACCCCCAGAUUAUGAACCACAAAAUCCUUAUGUGGUCGCAGCAGAUCCCCUGUACAACCAAACACUAGAAAACGAUACAGUGUUAAUUUCAACACCACCUUCUGUUUCUCAAACACCUGACUCAAAGGUAAUAGCAGAAGCUAUCAUGGUUACGGCAUCAACUCCAAUCAGUGGUACAUCACUCUCUACUUUCCAAGAAGACAGCAUGAAUACAGCAAGUGUUGUUAAGCUGGGUGAUGAUGAGGUUCACAGUGUCACCUCUGAGCUCUUAUCGCCAACAUCUAAGUCACCUUCUGUCCCUAAUGAUAAGGCUGAAAGUGGAUCUGUAAGUUCUGGGAUUUCAUCCUCCAGCUUUGAUGAUGUAUCUGAUGAACUGAUGACUACAAAGGCACCAAAGAUCAUCAGUAUAGAACAGGCUCUAUCCCCAGAUGAAAUCAAGAAAGUAUUUAAGGUAAAUGCUACGGAAGCUUCAAAGAAAGAAGGUGCUGAUGUCACGUUUGGGAAAGGUGACAUAAGUGUCUCUUCUUACACUGAAAUACCAACCAGCACUCAAUUCAAGACGGUAUCACCAGCCCAGGUGCAAAGUCAGCUGGGUGCAAUUGCAUUAACCACACCAUCAACCUUUUCUGAGCAAGACCAGAAACUGGACAGUGAUAUGACUGCACCACCAUCAGUUAAUGAAGGAAAACCACCAAUAAAAGAAGAGGAAACAACCACACCGCCUAAUUCUGGAUUUGAUCUGGGACACACUGUUGUUGGCGAGACUGUGGAGAUUUCUGGAAUUGACUCAUGCACAGAGGAUGUUUGUCUAAAUGGAGGCUCUUGCUUGACGAUUGGCAGCACCUAUACCUGUCACUGUGCUCCUGGUUUCAGUGGUCAUCAAUGUGAAAUAGAUAUUGAUGAGUGUGAAUCAAACCCCUGCCGCAAUGGAGGCACGUGUGUCGAUGGCUUGGCUUCUUUCACAUGUGUGUGUCUCCCAAGCUAUGCUGGGCUGUUUUGUGAAGAGGAUACAGAAACAUGUGACUACGGCUGGCAUAAGUUUCAAGGCCACUGCUACAAGCACUUCCCUCAGAGGAAAAACUGGGACACAGCAGAGAGAGAGUGCCGCAUCAACGGGGCUCAUCUCACAAGCAUCCUGUCCCACGAGGAGCAACAAUAUGUCAACCGUCUUGGACAGGACUACCAGUGGAUCGGCCUGAAUGAUAAGAUGUAUGACAACGACUUCCGCUGGACCGAUGGUCGCCCUAUGCAAUAUGAAAACUGGAGGCCCAACCAGCCUGACAGCUUCUUCUCUACUGGCGAGGACUGUGUGGUGAUGAUAUGGCAUGAGGAUGGUCAGUGGAAUGAUGUUCCUUGCAACUACCACCUCACUUUCACCUGCAAGAAGGGCACAGUGGCCUGUAGUCAGCCUCCUGUGGUAGAGAAUGCACGUACCUUUGGGAAGACGCGUGAACGGUAUGAGAUCAACUCGCUGGUGAGGUACCAGUGCCGUACAGGCUUUAUUCAGAGACAUGUCCCAACUAUUCGUUGUCAUGGGAAUGGACGAUGGGAUAUCCCUAAAAUCAGCUGCAUGAACCCCUCAAGCUCUCAGAGGACCUUUAUCAGAAGGCAUCAGCACAAUAGUCUCUACAGCAUUCACAACUUCAAGAACUGGCAAGAUGAGUCCUUCCACUUUCAUCAUCAGCGCUACCGAGGAAGGAGACACAAAAUAGAACAUAAGUGGAAGAUGCAGUGAUUGCCAAAUAACAUGGCACGGCUUACCUGAGACGAGAGCACGUGCCAGAUGCUUGUUUGAAAAGAACAAAAAAAAAAAAAAAGCACAUGAGAAAACUCAUCAAAAAAACAACAAAACAAAACAAAAAAUAACCUGCAGUUUUUGCCAAUGGAAUCUUGCAAAGUGCCUUUUAUAGAGAUGUGGAUACAAGACUUUUUCUUAUCAAGGGGCACUAUUUUAUAAUAAUGCCAAUGUGGGUUAAAAAAAGUUUCAGCUGGCUACUGGAAAAGCAAAAACUACUCUCAUCAUACUUACAAACACUAAAAUCACCCUUUUUCAUGAUGGUUGUCUUGUCAAUUUUAAAAUCAACUGGGCUAUUUAAAAUCUAUGCAAGUGUUCAUUUUCUAAUAGAAAAAAAGAGAUUGAGAUGCUCAUGUAAAGAUUAAUAUUGUGCUGUUUUAACUUGGGCUUCCUUUUUAUUGCGCUUGCAAAGAACUCAUAUUGCAUGAGUUAAACAUUAUGUUGCAUACAAAGAACUAUAAACUUUCUUACAUACAGAUCUUUUCCCAGUAUUUAUAGCUCAUUCUAUAAAGGGGCAAAUUAUACUAUGACAUGGUUUGACAGGUUUCCUGUAUCGUAGUUAUUCACAUUCUAGAUUAAAAUAUCACAAGUCUGGGGAAGGUUUUUCACUGAUUGCUUGGUUAUCAGCUUCUUUGUGAUGGCAGCUUUUAGUACCAAAUUAUCACCUUUCAUUCUCUUCUGCUGUCAUCAGAUAUAUGUCAGACUAAAUGUUUAUAAAGAGAUUUCUAUAGAUAGAUUUUAAAAAAUGUAACUGACAUUUUCUUUUGUAGGAGACAGUUCAUUAUGAAAGAUUGCUCUCUAAGUACCUAUCGACAAAGCCUUUAUCAACAGAUGGAAAUUGAUGACUAUCGUCUACUUCAAAAGGAAAGUGUAGCUCAAGAAGCCUCUAUUUUCUGCUCAAAUAUGUUCAUUGCAUAGCCUUUAAUUAGUCACAUCAGCAUGUUUACAAUAUCUUUAAUGCUGUGCAUAAUCACACACCAAAGAUUCUUGCUGUCAUCUGUUGUGGGGUAGCUUAUAUCUAAGUCUUUUUUUUUCUCUUUUGGUAUGAUUUCUAAAAAAUUUGUUUCUGUUAUUGUGGUCAAUUAAAAUCAGUCGUUGAGAGAAUGUAUUUUGUGAAUCACUCAGAAAGACUUGAACGUAACAGCUGUUUAGGCAGAGAUGCGUAUAAUUUAUUUUCAAGCUGCUCUUGAUUGCUUUACUUGUUUUACUGAUAAAAUAUGAUUCUGUCACUUGGCCCUCCCGGGGAUUCUUUUUAAAUAUUUUUAUUGUUUGUUCACCAGGACGCCGGCAACAUUUGCAUGCUAACAGUCUAAAAGUAAUUACUCAGCAAUAUGAUCCAUUUACGUGCCUUCUUCUUUUUCUUUCUUCUUCUUUGUUUUUUUUUUUUUCAACUUUAAUGGCAACAGUGGACCAAAGAACUCCGAGACACACAUCAGCAAUAAUCUGCAUCAAUUUUGUUCUGUAACAUUAACAGACGUGAAUUUUUUUUAAAGGAGAAAUGUUGUUUUGUUGUCUGAGUAUUUGUCUGUGUGUUUUAGCCUUGAUGUGCACAUAAUAUAAUUUUAUAUUUAUAAGUGUUUCUUUUUUUUUUUUAAGAUUACAAUGUGAAUGUCUGGUACGUUUGUGAAUUUAAAAAAAAAAAUCUGUUUUUUUUUAACUGUUGUUUUUCCUGCUUUAAAUCACCAAUGAAAUAAAAAUAAAGAUACAAAUAUUAUUUACUUACAAAA